CAGAGAGAGAGAGAGAGAGGACGCAGACACAGAGCAGGCAACCAGGGCUUUAAACAGUACCUGCUCUACGUUGGAUAAUCCGCCUGCUCUUCCCCAAGGGAACUUCUUCUGACUCAAGAGGAAGGAAAUUGUUGUAUUUUUGAAGAUAGCUGUGGUCCAGUGCUGAGAGAGAAUCUCGGCGGAGAGACCUAGGGUGUGUGCACCGAAGCUGAUUUCACGAGGCUGGCUGUCCUGGGAGACUCAUAGUGGGGUCAAAGGUCAUUGUUCCUCACCUGGUGUUGUCUACCACUAGGAGGAGUUUCCUUCAACUUUCUUUCACAACAGCGCACAGGUCCCCCCCUUUCAGGGAACGCAGACCUCCAGAACGACGGGAAAAUAAACACGGGAGAGACACUCUUCAUGAAUUCCCCAAAAUCCUGAAAGGCAAACCGUGCGAGUUAGCUGGCAGCAUCGAGGAGCCAUGUGGACAAUAAGUAUGGCCUCACUCUGUGUACCGGCCCUGACGCUCCUACUGACUGCCUUUGUUCACCCAGCUGCGCCCCAACACGAUGUCACUCCUCGCCUCAGCUUCUCCUACAAUGCAAAGGAGAGGUCAGCCAAAAGAUUCUCUUCAGAUGGCGUCUUCAAUUACACUUCUAUCCUCCUCAGCAAGGAAGAUAACAUGCUCUAUGUCGGAGCUAGAGAGGUUCUCUUUGCUCUCAACCUCACUGAUAUCGGCAGAGCCGAGCUCCAAAGGAAUCUGACAUGGAGCACGCCACAGAGCAAGAGAGAUGAGUGCGGUUUCAAAGGCAAAAACCUACAAAUUGACUGUUUCAACUACGUCAAGAUCUUACUGCGGCUGAACAGCACUCAUCUAUACGUGUGCGGAACGUAUGCCUUCAGUCCCAUCUGUGUGCACAUAAACACAGCAGACUUCUCCCUGGUACGGAGCCAGACGGGGGAGAUUGUGACAGAGGACGGACGAAGCCGAUGCCCUUUCAACCCAGAGUACAAGUCCACCGCCAUCAUGGCCGAGGGUGAGCUGUACACUGGUACGGUCAGUAAUUUCCAGGGGAAUGAACCUAUCAUUUACAAGAGCCUUGGCCAUGGAACCUCCCUGAAAACAGAAAACUCCUUGAACUGGCUUCAAGACCCAGCCUUCGUGGGCUCUGCUUAUAUACAGGAGAGCCUGCCUAAGGGCAACCCAGUGGGCAACGACGAUAAGAUUUACUUCUUCUUCAGUGAAGCGGGAAAGGAGUUUGAUUUCUUUGACAACACCAUUGUAUCGCGCAUCGCUCGCGUGUGUAAGGGCGACAAAGGAGGAGAAAGGGUUUUGCAGAAGAAGUGGACCACCUUCCUGAAAGCCCAGCUGCUGUGCUCUCUGCCUGACGACGGCUUCCCCUUCAACAUCAUCCAGGACAUGUUUGUGUUGACACCCAGCCCAGAGGACUGGAAGAACACCAUGUUCUAUGGAGUCUUCACUUCACAGUGGUAUAAGGGAGCCUCGGGGAGCUCGGCAGUGUGUGCCUUCACCAUGGACCAGGUGGAGAGGGCUUUCAACGGGCGCUACCGUGAGGUCAACAGAGAGACACAGCAGUGGUACACAUACAACCACCCCAUCCCUGAACCACGGCCUGGGGCGUGCAUCACGAACGCAGCCAGAGAACAGGGCAUCCCCUCAUCCCUGCACAUGCCCGACAAGGUGCUGAACUUCGUCAAGGACCACUUCCUGAUGGACAGCGUGAUCCGCAGCCAGCCCCUCCUGCUGAAAAGAAGCGUGCGCUACACCCAGAUAGCAGUCCACCGCGUCCAGACCAGACACAAGGCCUACAACGUCCUCUUCAUAGGCACAGAUGAUGGGAGGCUUCACAAAGCCAUCAACGUCAACAACAAGAUGCAUAUCAUUGAGGAGAUGGUGCUGUUUUCGGAGCCCCAGCCUGUGCAACACAUGGAGCUGGAUUCGGAGAAGGGGACUCUCUACGUCUCCUCCUACUCAGGGCUGGUGGAGGUCCCAGUGGCCAACUGUACCAACUACCAGAGCUGUGGGGAGUGUGUCCUGUCCAGGGACCCGUACUGUGCCUGGAUGGGGAGACAGUGUCUUGACAUCAGGCAGGCUCCACCAGAGAGCUACUGGCAGCAGGAUGUGGAUGAGGCAGACACAUCAGUUAUCUGUAACAAGUCAGUCCUUAACCCGCGCUCUGCUAAACCUCCUCCCACACGUAUGUCUUCAUGUCAGGUGAUAUUGAUACCAGCCAACACCUUCAAAGUACUGCCCUGUAAACUGCGCUCCAACCUGGCUGAGAGGAAGUGGGAGUACAGCGAGGGCGCAGGUCACUUCCUAUACCCCAGCCCUGAGGGCGGCCUGGUGGUGGUGGCCCAUGCUGACCGCCAGGAGAUCUAUGAGUGCUGGUCGGUUGAGGAGGGCUUUAGACAGCUGCUGGCCAAUUACUGUGUCAGGGGCGAGGCCAGGCAGGAGAGCACCACCCUGAUUGGCCGAUCACGUACCCCUAUGGUACCCCAAGAAGAGCCCAUUAUCUUGCCUGGGGAAGCUCGCUCGCCCCAGAUGAACACCAAGACCUACUGGAACGAGCUCAUUGUGGUGUGUGCCCUCCUGGCUUUCUCCCUGGUGGUCUUCUCCCUGUUCGUGGUCUACAGGAACCGGGACCGCAUGAAAUCCAUGCUCAAGGAGGGCGAGUGCCCCAAUAUGCAGCAGAAAAAGCCCAGGAUAGUGGGCAAGCCGGCGGAGAACUUACCCCUGAAUGGGACCACCGUGCCGGCCUCCGUCUCAGACCACAAGGGCUACCAGACCCUCAAUGACAACUACAUCUGCAGCACUCCCCCACACGAGUGUUCCUCUCCGGACAACAGCAAGAGCUUCUCCGAGUCGGAGAAGAGGCCGCUGAACUUGAAGGACAGCCACGUUGAGAUCUCGCCCACAUGCCCAAGGCCUCGAGUUCGACUGGGCUCUGAGAUUAAAGACUCCAUUGUGUGAGGAUGGCUUUGAUGAACUACAUGAGGGAGAUUCAACACUUGCAUCAUGUGGAGGGACUAGCUGUGGACUAAAAGGAGAGUGCACUUACUGAAAAGGAAAACACUGAGGGGAAACACUGAGGAAACACUGAAAAGUACAUGCAAAGUACAUUUCAUUACACUGACUUUACACUCAUACGCCUCAUUUCCUUUUGUCCCUGUGGCCAGUGCUUACUUCCUUUUAGUCACUCCUUUCUCUUGUGCACAAAGCACGACAGAGGAAGCUGAUCAGGAUUGCUUUCAGACUUUAGAAGUUGUCCUGUGAUGCUCACCGUGGGCAUUUUACCCACACAGAGCUGGCAGCACUACCAGUACUGCCAGUACUACCAGUAAUACUGACCAGUACUAGCUCUCAAACGUUUUCUGGGAUUCUAUUUCUAAGCAUUGUCACUCAGUCCGUCCAAGUGAUCUACUGGUAUAGCUUGGAAAAGCAGUGAUGUUCUGUAGAUGUGUCGCUAACCAGAGGUUUUCCCACCUGAAACAGCAGAUCAAGCUUUCUACCUAAAACCAUGAGAGGAAUAAAGGGGGGGGGGGGGGGGGGGAAUAAAAAAAA